UAAAUAAAAUGCCGGUUUCGAAUGAGAUUUGUUUCAUUUAAAAUUGAGACCACGCGGCGUUUGCGGUAACCUUCACGUAAAUAUCAGUCACGCAUAAUCUAUAAUCGAGGGCAACUGUGUGUGUACAUUUUUUGGUUCGAAAUGAUGUUUUUUAUAAGAGUGAUAGUUUUUGUUAAUAUGGCCAUUUCCACUUGUAGAAGUUUGGUUAGUGAUGAUUGGUCGUUGCACAUGGAAAGAGUUUCUUAUGAAAUGUUCCCUUGUAAAGAACCACAGCCCCGCGUUGUAUACUUGAGAGAGAUUAUUGGAAAUGAGGCAUGGGAAAGUACCUACAAGGAAUAUAUGAGAAAGAUGAGACCGUACGCAACAAUUCUUCAUAGAUGCGAAGGAUCCGGAUGUUGUAAACAUUACAACGAAAGAUGCCAAGCGGCAUCCGACGAAAGCGUAUUACUCACGUUUUAUAUUGGUAGCAAUGACGAAUAUAAAACGUUUAAAGCGACGAACCAUACGUCUUGUGUUUGUAAAAAAAUUAGUGACGAAUCUAUCAAAAAAUGAUAGAUAUCAAUUUAUUAAAUUCAUAUAUUGUGAUUAUUACUAACGGGACAUAAAGUGUGAUAAUAGCUACUCUGUGAUACUAUUAACAAAUUUGUGACUGACAUUUCAAUUAUUUUGUGCUUGAUUAAAUUAUAUUGUAUAGUUAAUUAGAAAAGUAAUAAAUCAUAAUCGCUCAGAA